AAGUUAAAGUAAAUUGCGGUUCCAGUGCGCAUGCGUGGUUCAGCUUGCUAGUAGAUACUAGUAGAUAUUCGGUGGUUGUCCUGAAUACUGUUAAUAUCGCUGAUAAUUUAACCCCUUUGCCUUCCAUUUAAAAGUAGAUACAACCUCCGUGAUGCAAGAUGUCAUCAGGUGAGGACCGCACACAUCACUGGCUUCUAACUAGUCCAGGGCCAGGGGAAGGUGUUGAAGAAGAAGCUAUGGUUGAAGGAGAACCUGCACCUGAUGGUCACUAUCCUCUUAUGACCAAUCCAUUUGAUGAACAGCUUGCUCUGAAUUCAGGGGAUGCAGUAGAUGAGGGAAUAGUUUCCUCACCUGUGAACAGUGUGGAUCUUGACAGAGAUUCCCCUCUUGUUGGAGCUCUAGAUGAUGAGGAAGAUGGUGGUCCUCCAAGUAUAGAGACACAACCACCUGAUCAUGUAGAUGAUUUAGAAGUCUCAGGUAUCACCUCAUCGUGGAUAAGCUCUGGAGGAAGUCAUUAUGGUAAUACACAUCCAAGCUAUGGUUACUCGCUCUUGAAGACAGAAAACCAUCAGGCAGACAAUUCAGGCUUAAAUGAAAUGCCAGGACUAGAACCAAGUGAUUUUGAUAUUGGGCCUGUAUAUGGACCACAGAUGCCAGGUCCCUUUAGCAGCCCUACCCCUGAUACUGGUUCAUCUUAUGGUGAUAUAACAGAUGAAAAUGCAGUUAGUGGUAUCUGUGGCCUUAGGAACUUGGGAAAUACUUGUUUCAUGGCAGCUGGGAUUCAGUGUCUGGUGAAUACACCUCCAAUUGCUCAGUAUUUCAUCAGCCAUCAUCAUCAUCAUAAUUCUAAUGGAAAAAACUCCUUAGCCACUCAGUUCUCUCAAUUAACCAACAAAAUUUGGUGUGGACGAUACUCCUCUUUAAGGCCAUCUGAUUUCAAAGAUGCUUUUGGCCAACAGUGGCGUGAUUUCAGGGAUUAUAGGCAGCAUGACUGCCAGGAAUUCAUAACACUGCUCUUGGAAGGGUUAAGGAAACAGAUGUGCAUAACAGAUGAUGGAGGGGGUAGUGUUGGAGUUGCCAAACAAAAAAAUCAGGAUAAACUGGUUAGCAGUGGCAGUAGCACUAGCAGUACUAGUAGUACUAGUAGCAGUAGUAGUACCAACAGUAGGAGCAGUAACAAUAGCACCCAUGCAAGUGGAAGCAGAGGAAGUCAAAUGUAUUCAUCGCCUUCAUCUCCCCAGUCUCCACACUGUCCCAUGUCUCCACAGAGUCCGCAUUGCCCUAGUUCACCACAAACUCUUCAUUCACUCAAACAACCUCUUGAACUCCGCAGUGAUUCCCAUGAGGAAAAUCUUGGCUUAGACAGUGGUGGUGCAUCUCCCAAGAGCAGUAUAUCCAGUAGUUCUGUGGAUGCACAUUGUGUUAACUAUAGACUGCAACCGAUACCAGAAGAAGUUCGCUCUCUUUUGCCAGCACAUGUUAAUGCAUCUUGUGAUGAUAUCUCACUGGCUGGAACUACCAGCUGUCAUGAUGCUGAAAGUGUUGCCUCUGAUGUGUCGGAUCCAGCUGAUGUAGGUGGCAGUGGUGGUAUCAGACGAUACAAUCACUUAGGUGAUAGUUCUGACUGUGAUAGUACUACACAAAAUACAAUCGCUACUCAUAAUCUCCAUACCCUUCACUGUGAUAAUAGCACUUUAAGCCUUGAGAAGAAUCAGUUGAAUGAACAAGUUCAAGAUAAGGACCAGAACACCAUUAGUCGUCAAGAGAAGGGCUUGUGUUCCACAUCCUCUCCUAAUUCCUCUGGUGCUCAUAUAGCCUUGGUAAAAUUAGAAGAUAUUAUGAAAGAGUCAAAGACAUCUAAUGUGAAUGUGUUAGUGAAAGAUAACCCUACAAACAAUGAACUCCUCUUUGACUCUGAGAAAUAUGCAAAGUAUGAUAAAACACGAUUAAAAAAUAGUGUUGAUAAUUUAAGUAAGUCAGGUGUGAAAAGAAUCAAAGAAGUUAAUCUCCUCCAUGAAAGGAGAGGAUGUCAGUCCGUGGUUGGUGUAGCAGAGUCUGAGGAGGACGAUUCUGAAGAUAGAGAAGAUAUGACAAUAAACAAGAAAAUUAGACUUGAUGAAAAAAAUAUUCAAUUAGAGUUAGAAAGGCAUCAAGUUUUAUCAGAGCGAAGUGGUGAUAGUUCCAUGUCAGCAUCAAGUGCUGAUGUGCCAAGUCAUUCAACAGUUUCAGUAUCAUCACUAGAACAACACCAGGCGGAUAAAACUUGGCGAUCAUUUGUGGGUGAUCAGAAGAGUGCAGUUGUUGAAACAUUUUAUGGGCAGUUCAAGAGUUCGCUUGUUUGUUGUACAUGUGGACAUACUUCUGUGAAGUAUGAUCCUUUUGGAACCCUCUCGGUGCCUCUACCUUAUGCCAACCAGAUCCAAAUAUGUGUGGUUUAUGUCCCAAGUGAUGGCACUGUUCCAGUACGUUACCUAAUCACUCUUUGUAAAGUGUCUGAUGUUGGUGAUCUCAAAGCAGAACUUUGCAAGUUGAUAGGUCUAAAUGCAGUGGAUCAUUUGGUUACAGCAGAGGUUUUUGAUAAUCAUAUAGCCCGUAUAGUGGAGGAUACGUAUAUGACAAAAUUCCUGAAUUAUAAUCUUCGAAGUAUAUAUGCAUUUCAUUUAGCAGCUCCACCACCUAGCAUUGAAGAAGAAGGUCCUGCAAAUUGUGAAGAAGCUGCAGAAAAGGCAUUGGGUGAAACCUUAGAGACUGCAGAUGUUGCGCAUAGCAGUACCAGUUUUACUAAUGUUUUUGGAGGUAGCAGCAGUAGCAGCAGCAGCAGUGGUAGUUGCAGUGGCAGCGGAGGAGGAAAUGUUGGAGCUGGCAGUGGUGGGGGCCAAUGGCGACCGUGUAAUAUAUGCUUAGAAGAGAUGUGUCAAACAGAAUUGAGAACGCAUCAUUCAUGUGAAGAUUGUCUUCUAUGUGAUGGUUGUAUUGAGAUGUCUUGUAAACAUCAUGGAGGAGAGAGUUUACCUUGCCCUGUUUGUCAAACUGCGCUUUCACCUGCAGAUCUUAUACCUGUUGAAAAAAGAAAAACUGAAAAACCAAAAGCUAGGAUGUUACGAGUUCCACUUGUUUUCCGCGUGGAUCAAGAAAGUGAUAACAAUAACAAAAGAUGUAUGCAGUUGGUAGGUCAUCCAGGCUUACUUGCUCUGCCAUCAAGGUUGACUCCCUCAACAUUAAUGCGAACCUUAGCUUCUAGGAUACCAGCAGGAACAAGUUAUUCUCUUCUUUUAGUGGAUGGAAGGGGUUACAAUUGUUCUCGAUGCUUAUUUUCCUCCCAUUGCCGAGGUUGUGAAGCUGUUACAGGACCAGAAGUCAUAUUACAAGCUGGUGAUACUUUGUGCGUUCGAUUUACAAGUCUAACAUCAGAACAACAGUAUCAACUAGCUGCCACCAAUGAUGAUCCCUCUCUUAAUAACAUGCGUCAGAAUGAUCCUCUUACUUUAUACGAUUGUCUUAAGGCUUUUACUCAAAGUGAAACUCUAGGAGAGACAGAUCUGUGGUUUUGUCCAAAGUGUGAGCGUAAGCAACGUGCAACCAAAACUAUAUCUGUGUGGCGUUAUCCUCCCUACCUCAUAAUUCACCUUGAAAGGUUUUUGUUUCAUGGAACAACAAGUACCAAGUUGGAUGACAAGGUGAUAUAUCCCUUAGAUGGCCUCAAUGUCUCAGAUUAUGUUGUUGGUGACACAAGCACUAGUCACUUGUACAACCUUUAUGCCUGUGUGUGCCACAUGGGAGUUGCUCAGGCAGGUCAUUACACUGCGUUUGCACGUAGCCCUGUAACUGGAGAAUGGCAUUACUUUAAUGACGACUCUGUAACAAAGCAAAAACCCAGGGAAGAGGAAUAUUCAACAGCUUACUUAUUGUUUUAUCACCGGCAAGGAACAAAGUUUGACUUGGCUCUACCACAGCAGUUUGCCUUCUUGGAUAGCUUGCCUAAGCAGAUGGGGAACUAUGAAGAGGAGGAAAUCUCAAAUAAUUUAAUAAGUAGCAGCCAGGCAGGAGUGAAUGACAGUAUAAGCGGUGAGGAGCCUGCUGAGCCUCCAGGUUUUCAGAUAAAUAAGAUUAUUGACAACCUUGGUGAAAGCUGUGAAAAGGACAUGUCAAUGGAAGAGUAGUGUAAACUUUUCUGGGUGAGAUUUACCAGGUGCUGAAAUUACUAGGUUAACAGUGAAUUGAAAUGGUUUAUCAUUUUAGAAGUUAUAUGUGCAACUUGGCCAUAGGAACUUCAAUUUAUGUUUUGGGCUGUUGUAAUAGCUCGAUUAUACAAAGCACUGUCUUAAUAAAUUUUGUAAUUGGAUGUAAAUUUUUUUCAUAUAGUCUGGCAUAGAUGCACAUGGUCAUUAACUUAUGUAUUAGAGUUUUUAUAAAUUCCAAAAAUUUCAUAGAUGUGAUGUCUUUCUCAGUAUCUGAGAUAUUGCUUUAAGGCUGAUGGGAAAUUUCGGUUAGGAACACACAUACAUGCACAACUUUUCACAAUUUCUGGCCUAAGCUCCAGCAGAAUUCACUGCUGUUAUAGUCCAGUCAGUUGAAGAAUCGCGUUCGUUUCUUCUGUGAUAAUAAGAAUAGAAGGUCAAUUUAAAAGGUUUAGUUUGUAGUGCAUUUGAAGAGAUAAAUAGGUGUGAGAUGUCUGCCAUGUGUGCCCGUAUAAGGACAGGUUAUUCCUUGCACUUAUAUGAUUAGUAUGAGUAUUAGGAGUUUGGUUGUUUGCAUGCAACAUAAAGUGACAGUAGUUAUUUUACGUGAUGGUAUAGUAAAUGGAAAAGCUUUUUGUGGUCUUAUUACUUUCAGUAGUAUUUUAUAUUUUUUAAAGCUUUAAUUAAACUUACACAGAGAUAUAUUUAUGACUGAUACUAUUUCUUUUUAAUCAUGUACAGUAUUGUAAAACCUAAGUUCAUUUGAAAUUGAUUUGGCUGAUGUCUUUUGCAAUUGCCCAUAUUUUAAAACAUGGAACACUAUUCUACAGCUUGAUUUAUAUAGUUGUCUAACGGGUGAUAACAGUAGUCUUUACUGUGAAUAUAAGAGAAUUGUACAAGAAAAGAAUUUGAGACAAAUUUUAGUAUGGAUUUUAUGAUGAUAAAUAGUGCAGACCAGGAUCAUAUCUUUCUGCAUUCAUGGUUUCAUACAUACAUACAUACACAUACAUACAUUCAUUCAUUCAUUAAGCAUUACAUCUAUGGAUUGCAAAAUCCUUUCUUGUUUGAAAUAUGUAGAUAAAUUAUACACAUAAAUUACUAGGAUAAGAAGCACACAAUAAAAAGGAAAGAACUUGCUAGUACAAAAAAAGUGUUAAGAUAUUACUACAACUGAUAUGUGUAAAGUAGACCUAAAUCAAAAGUAAAGAAAUGAGAAAAAUACAGAACACAAAACAGACCAGUAUAUGUGGUGUGUGUGUAUACAGUAGCUACUUUUUUUUAUACAUAUAUGCUGUAUUGGUAUUCUUUGGUACUCUUUCAAUUUUCUUUGUGCCACUGUUCCUGCUCAGUAGUUCCUAAUGCUGUACUCUGCCUUUAUGGCUUAGUUAGCUAUGUAAUGGUUGAGUUUGUUUUAACUAUAAAGACACAGGAUCAUGUGAAUUUUGUCAUAUAGCAGUAGGCUUGUGUUAUCCAUUUUAGCUCUGGUUUUUGAAGUUUUAGGCUCUGUUAGAUUUGCUUGUAAUGUUUUGGCUCCCAAGGGCUUACAUCUCAGGUGUUUUAUCAUUGUAGUUAUGUAGUUUGUAUUUAAAACACUAAUGUAGUUAGAGUAUUUUUUGACUACUUUCCCAUAAGAACAAAGUUUGAAUGUGCUGGUAGUAUAAUGUACUUCAUGGAUGUUCUUCAACCAUAAGUGAAUGCUAGGUAAUGUGGUCAGUUUUUGACUAGUUGGCUAAAAAGAAUUUACAGGGUUACUGCUUUUUCAUAUAUUCAAAGAUGAUCUUUACUGUAUUUUGGUCAUCUGUAUCCUUUUUUAUCUUGAUUUUAAGAUUUUGUAUGAAUGAUCAUUGUCUUAAUGAAUGUCAGAUGCAGAUGAUAGUUUUGUUAAUUGAUCUUUAUAUUGUAGGAACAUUAUAGACUCCUUAUUUUGCA